UGGAAAGAGCCAACCCAAUAAGUACGUCACAUCCUUCAUGAACGCCAUAGAUAAAGCUGCAAGCUCCAUUCAUGGAAGAGAAAUCACCCUCGAUAAACCGACUAAAUGUAUAACUCCAUAUGGGGGUAAGCUGGUGUGGCUGCUCCCUGGGAAUAACACCCUUACUCUACACCUCAAAGAUAAGCUGAAGAUUGGAUGCAGGAAACGGAUAUCACAGUUGAUGAUGAUGUAUCAUAUACUUGGCUUCCAACUCUUAGAAGCGAACGAUGAGACGAGCUCUGACGCUUACACUGACCACACACAAGGUGGCACCAAUAUAAUGCCGAGGUAUAACAAGAUGAAGUAUAACACUAAAGGGGAGAUCUUUAAGGACAUCACAGAGCGCGCAUGUUUUGAGGCCGAGAAUACAUACAUACUUGGCGUAGAUGUGGAUACUACGUUCUCCCCAGAAUCCAUUCUUCUUCUACUGCAGACGAUGAAGAAAGACCCGGAUCUGGGAGCAUCGUUUGGUCGGGUCCAUCCAACUGGUUCAGGUCUUUUGAAGAUUUAUCAGACGUUUGAAUAUGCCCUCGAGUAUUGGCUGCGAAAAGCCGCAGAGGACAAGAUGGGUUGUGUUUUAUUCAGUCCGGGUUGUUUCAGUGUGUAUAGGGGGUCUGCAGUCAUGGACGAUAAUGUCAUCCGGGCAUUUGCCCAGAAGCCGUCUGCCCCAUCGAAUUUUGUGCAAUGGGAUAUGGGUGAGGACCAGUGGUUGAGUGUCCUAAUGAUUCAACAAG